AUGGCUUGCAGAGGAAUAGAAAUUAUAUCGUUAUUUUUGUACCAGAUCUGCAAUCCCAGGUCUUAUUACAAAAUUGAGGAACAUAUAGAUGAGGAGAAGACUAAUAAAGAUUUGUAUCUUCCCUCGGAUCUUGUACGUGUAAUAUUGUCUCGUCUUGCUUUGAAAGACAACAUACGCUCUUCUGCUGUUUGCAAGACGUGGUGCGAGAUUGUUGCUUCUGUUCGGGUCAGAGAUCCGCGUUUCUGGCUUAUGUAUCUUGAUCGAUAUCAACCCUAUGGCGUCUAUUACGGGUUUGACGACCCGGUAGAGAAGAAGAAGACAAAGGCAAUGAUGGGUUUUCCCGAGUUAUCUAAGCAUUCGUGUAUCGUUUAUUCCAAUGAUGGGUGGUUACUCAUAAAGGAGAGUCCUUCUAACGAUGUCAAACAUUUCUUGUUCAAUCCUUUUACUCGGGAGCGGAUAAACUUGCCUACAAACGGUCUGAGAAUGGCAACAAUGAAAUUUGCGUUCUCUUGUGCUCCUACAAAGAAAGAUUGUUUGGUAUUUGGUAUUGAUACAUGGAGUGUAAGUCUAUAUGGUAGAGUAAGAAUCAGCACUUGGCAUCUUGGUGCAACUACAUGGGUAGAAGAAGACUUCCCUGACGUGAUCUCCGUUGGAGGUACAAGAAACAUCUUAUACUCGGAUGGUCUCUUCUAUAUGGCAGCGGAAGUUUCACUAGGGGUAUUUGAUGCAUCUGCACGCACUUGGAACGUUCUUCCUGUGCAGCCGAUCACUAUCGCUGGCGUUGAUGCUUGUGACACGAUCAGGUGGUUAACUGAGUAUAAAGGGCAGAUAUAUCUUGUAGAUGCAUCGUCAGCGGAGCCGAUGGUGUUUAGGCUAAACCGUUUGGAGUCGGUUUGGGAGAAGAAGGAAACAUUGGAUGGUUCGUCGAUAUUUGUGAGCGGUGAGUCGUGCGUGAUGGCUUCUGGCCUCACGGGGUCAAUGAGUAACGUUUUGUAUUUCUGGAAACGUCCUCUCAAACAAAGGCUUCCACUGAAGGAAUCGCCCCUUCAAAUUCUCGACUGGAAUAGCCCCUUCAAGUACUCUUUAUAUAGCAGGAGUUUGUGUGAAGAACGUGAAGGGGACUAUCGGAUGGUGCCUGGAUCCACCUAUUCUGGUACGACGAAUAAUGUCUGGAUCGAGCCGCCCCACAACAUCUCUAUCUCUGAUUACUCACUUCUUCCCUCCGAUGAUGCCAUAAAUACGCGUCUCUUUAUUUGA